AUGGCUGCUUUCAUUGCUCUCCUUUGCUUCCUUCUCAUCCUCAACCAAAGCUCCUCUCUUGUCAAUGCCUCUGUUUCGGAGACAUGCAAGGCAAUAGGUUUCAACUACGACUUCUGUGUUGCAACUCUCAAUGCCGAUCCCAAAAGUGCCUCAGCUGACACCCAGGGACUUGCUAUUAUUGCCACCAACAUCUCCAAGGCCAAUGCUACGAGCACUGAGUCGACAAUCUCCAUUCUAUUGAAGAAAACAAAAGACAAUAAAACUAGUGAAUGCUUGAAUACUUGUUCCAGUAUGUAUUCUGACUUGAUUGAUAGGUUGAAUGAUACCAUUACUGCCAUCACAUCCAAACGCUACUUUGAUGCAAAGAUUUAUCUUAGUGCGGCCGUAGGUGUGGGUGAUGAUUGUGAGACUCAAUUUGCAGAGCUGAAAGUAAAGUCACCAUUGACCAAAGAGAAUGAUGAUUCACAAAAGCUCUCUGGUCUUGCUCUGGGCAUCACUAGUCUUCUAGGAUGA